AUGAUCACGCACCAUGACACCAUUCGAGCCUUCAUGGCCAAACUCUACCUCUGGAAAUAUCAAAUUCAGCAGGGAAAUGCAGCCAGUUUCAGGAACUUGGAUUCUGGUCUCGCUAACAGUAACCUCGUCUUUGACUUGAAAGCAGAAUUCAUCAGAUACUUCCGAGAUAUAGAUGACAAGCGUGAAGCCUGGAAAUUCAUCAGGAACCCAUUUCAACGUGAAGUAGCUGAUGUUGCUGAUGAAGUCCAAGAAGAGUUCCUAGAAUUGAAGUUCAACUCUACAGCUAAAGAGGACUUCAAAGAUAUGGAUUUGGAGACGUUCUGGGGCAAAUACCUUCCUGUUUACCCUCUGAUCUCACAUCAGGCUCUUCGGAUUCUAACAAUGUUUGGAUCCACAUAUCUAUGUGAAACUGCAUUUUCCACGCUCGUUGCUAUCAAAACCAAGUACGGAAACCGCCUGAACGUUGAACGGGACUUACGUUGUGCACUCUCAAGCAUUCGACCAUGUAUUCAAGAUCUGGUAGCUUAG